UGCUUUAAUGGUUUUUGUGGGUUGUGACAAUCAUUCAAUCCACCUUUCUUCAGGAGGAAUCCAUUUGAACCCAAAGAGUGGUACCAAGACAUAUCUAUGCAUGCUUCCCGCUUUGUCAUCCAUUAACAGGGUUUAUCAUAGAACAAUGGAUGAAGGAUGAUCCAUCUACCUGAGCUGAAACCAUUGAAUCCGGUAGCUGGUCUCUACACUCUACUACACUACCACCACUCCAGUACCACAAAUCCCCCCUUCCUUGGCCGCAUGUCAGGAUUAUUCUGUUCAGAACGGGGAUAUGACUAUCAAAUCAAGGGCUUUUUCGUCAGAACAUCAAGGGAUACAGUAGUCUGGUGUUGUGUGAUUAGAUGGGCCGACCGGCUGGUAAUUUGAGUUUUGACACUCUCUCUCUCUCUCUCUCUCUCUCUGUGCCGGCCGCUCCUCAACCCGAAGCAAAAGGCUCUCUGACUCCCUCGUCCCGUACAUUAGUCACUCUCCACGGUCCAAGUCUCCAGUCUCUUCGAAAUUUAAAAAUAUGCGGGAGCUCAACGGUCGACUCUAGCAAUUUCUUUCUGAUUAGAGCGAACGAGAGGGUGGGUGUUUCUUUGAUUCUUUCUACAUUUCCCUCUCGCUUUCCUUUCCUUUCUUCCCUUCUUCUCUUUCUGCGCGCACGCGUGUUUGUGUGUGUGAGAGAGAAAGAGUUUGAACUUUGAACUGCUCAAAAAUGGUGAAGGCUAAACCAACAACCUACGAGGAUUUGCGUCGACAGAGAUUAGAGGAGAACAAGAAGAGGAUGGAGGACCUCAACCUUACUCAGCUCGCUCAGACUCUCCGCAAUGCCAGCCCCAAACCCUCACCGGUAAAGCAAAUGAAGCCACGGACACUUCGCCCGCAAGUAGAUUUGGCCGCAGUAAGAAGGUCGACUCGUGUCGCCAAUAAGCCCCCUCCCAAUUACAAGGAAGUAACGGUAGAUCAUAUAGAGAGGCCUAGAAGAAGCUAUAAGAGGAGGGAUUUGUCAAAUCGCGUGUACGCUUCAGACGAGGCCAGAUCUUAUGCCAUAGAGAGAGCAGAAAAAUUACUAGAAAAUCUAGAACCCGAAUACCCAAGCUUUGUGAAGACAAUGCUCCAAUCUCAUGUGACUGGCGGAUUUUGGUUGGGACUUUCUGUCCAGUUCUGCAAGAUGAACCUUCCAAAACGUGAUGAAACAAUUAUUUUGGAAGAUGAGAAUGGAGAAGAGCACCCAACAACAUUCCUGGCACAGAAAACAGGACUAAGUGCUGGAUGGAGAGGGUUUGCAAUUUCACACGAAUUGGUUGAUGGGGAUGCUCUAGUUUUCCAGCUAGUUAAGCGCACAACUUUUAAGGUAUAUAUAAUACGGGUGAAUGAUCAUGAAGAAGUUGACAAGACUUCAAGUGUUACAAAUGUUGGUGCAAAACGUAUCAAUGCAGGUAAAAGAUAGCAAUCGUGGUCGGUAUUGCAUAAAUUUUGUUAAUUCUCCGUUUAUGGGAAAGAAAAUUUGGUGCACGUUGUUAUUGUCUUCUAUGAUCUCAUUGUAAACAUCCAAAAAGACAUGUUUUUGAUGUUUGCACAUCUUUAACAACCAUUUACUACAAGUCUCUACAACAACGAUAAUCUCUCCUGCAAUACUCAUGUGGUGCGUGACUUAUUA